GCGGGGGCAGCGCGGCGGGGCGGGCCGGGGGCGCCGCGGCAUGGCGGGGCGCUGAGGGACGGGCGGCGGGCGGGCGGCAGCGAGGGGCGGCGGCGCGCCCCGGCACCCGGCCCCGCCGCGGCAUGGGCAGCCGCGGGGUUGUGCGAUGAGCGCUCCCCCGGCGGCUUCCCCCCGCGCGAAUAUGGGCACAGCCGUGUCCAAAAGGAAGACGCUGAGGAACGAGGCCAUGUCGUCGGUGGCGGCCAAAGUGAGAGCAGCAAGGGCUUUUGGAGAAUAUCUGUCACAAAACCAUCCUGAAAGCAGAAACGGCUCAGAUCACCUGCUAGCAGACUCCUACAUUGGCCAGGAGGACUCCCCCGAGAUGCAGCAGGCAGCACAGAACAAGCGCAGGCUCUCCGUCAUCUCCGACGGCAAGUUCGAGAGGAGCUUCUCCGAGGAGCAGGCGGAGAAGAUGCCAAGCGAGGGACCGAAGCCGCGAGUCUACACCAUCUCUGGCGAGAGGCCGAUGCUGUCGGACCAUGAGAACGAAAGCGUGGAACUGGUGGUGAUGAAGGGGGCUGCCCAAGAAGAAUGCCACCACGGCCACCACGUGCACGGCGCGGGCGGCUCUCACGGUGUCGGGCGGCACUGCCGGGGCUGGCCCGGCAGCCGGCAGGGCUCCAAGGAGUGCCCGACCUGCACCCGCCUGGCUGCCCCUUCUCAGCAUUCCUUUGACCUGGAGCAGCAUCAGUCCGGCGAGACCGGGUGGCACAGAAAGAGGCUGGAGAGGAUGUACAGUGUGGAUCGGGUGUCUGAUGAUGUCCCCAUACGAACCUGGUUCCCAAAAGAGAACCUCUUCAGUUUUCAAACCGCUACUACAACUAUGCAAGCCAUCUCGGCGUUCAGGGGCUACGCAGAGAGGAAGAGACGGAAACGAGAGAAUGAUUCUGCAGCUGUUAUACAGAGGAAUUUUCGGAAGCACCUCCGCAUGGUGGGGAGCCGAAGGGUUAAAGCACAAACAUUUGCUGAACGGCGUGAGAGGAGCUUCAGCAGGUCCUGGAGUGACCCGACUCCCAUCAAAGCUGAUUCCUUCCAUGACUCUCGAGAAAGCCAUGACCUUCAGGAUUCCUGCGGCACUUUGGAUGGUGACUUCGACUUGAACUGGGAAGCAGAAAAGGAGCUUGAAGCCAUGGCAUGUGAUGGAGAUGACUUUAUUCCACCAAAAAUAAUGCUCAUUUCUUCCAAGGUGCCCAAAGCAGAGUAUGUCCCGACAAUUAUCCGCAGGGACGAUCCCUCUAUCAUUCCCAUUCUCUACGACCAUGAACAUGCCACCUUUGAUGACAUCCUAGAGGAAAUAGAAAAGAAGCUUAACAUUUAUCGGAAAGGCUGCAAAAUCUGGAAGAUGCUGAUAUUUUGCCAGGGAGGUCCUGGUCACUUAUAUUUGUUAAAGAACAAAGUCGCCACUUUUGCCAAAGUGGAAAAGGAAGAAGAUAUGAUCCUCUUCUGGAAGAGGUUGAGCCGGCUGAUGAGUAAAGUCAAUCCUGAACCAAAUAUCAUUCACAUCAUGGGCUGCUAUGUUCUUGGAAACCCCAAUGGGGAGAAGCUAUUUCAGAAUCUGAAAAACUUAAUGAAUCCUUAUAGGGUUGCCUUUGAGUCUCCACUUGAACUAUCAGCUCAAGGUAAGCAAAUGAUCGAGACUUACUUUGACUUCCGCCUUUACCGCCUCUGGAAGACCCGCCAGCACUCUAAACUAUUGGAUUACGAUGACAUUUUAUGAGCUGGAGAAGACUUUUGUGAGAGGAAGUUGAUCACCGGUGUCCAAGAAGUCAUGCUUAUCGCAGAGAGACUCUUUUAUUGGCACGGGGAGCCCUUCAGAGCCCUAAAGGAGGCAGCGGCGCUCAAGGAAGGGGAGAAGGAGCCCUUAGAAUGUGUCGGGAGGAAAGUCUCCUGGGUCAAGAGAGACUGGAGGGCAAGGGUUUGGCACCGCGCUGGGCUCGGGUCAGAGCCGCGGGGCCUCAGGAGGAGCCGUGCGAGACGAGGACAGGACGGAGUUCCUUGCAGAACUGAGCUGUUUUGGGUCAGAAUGGGCCAGAUUUGAUUCCGGGUCCUUUUAAAGACUUUCAAAGCUCAGGUUUUCUUACAAAAAACAAAAUCAAUUACCCAUGCACUAUAAUGAAGAAGUGACCAGAGCAGAGGGGUUUGUACUGAUGGGAUCUUCUGUGCUGGGGAUCUUGGAGAGCAAGGACUGCUACACCUACUCCUGCAAGCUUAGAUCAAGAUGAUCCAGUUUCAAUGUGAAUAUAUAAUGGAAUAUAGAAUUGAAAUCUAACUUUUUGUUUGUUUGUUUAAUAGCAAAUAAGUGCAAUUUUAUAGCGAGAGGGGUAAAAUCCCUCCCAAUAUUAAAUUAGUUAAAAAUAACACACCAGUAACCAAUAGAUGAGGUAUUUUUGGUCUGCUUGAAAAUAUAUUCAAAAUGGUAAUAUAUCUUCUGUAGACAUAUUUAAUCACCAGCAAACGUGGUUUUAACGUAACUUAGCAGACCCUGCAUGUCUGCUGCAUUGAUUAAUCCGGUUUGGUUCAUUACUUUCAGACUAGCUGUGUGCACUAAUUGUAUGUGCUCUCACGAAUGUGUAUUUCUCCUCCAAUUAGACACAACUUGAUUACUUUCUAUUUUGCUGCUCGCAAAACUACGGGACUUUAGUUUUGCAGAAAUACUUUAGGUUAGAAAUACGGCGCCUGGCCGAGCAACCUCUGCCGGGUUCGCUACGGUAUGAAAACGAAUUAGCAGUUAAUAGCCAUGGUAAUUACUCGUUCAUGCCCGCGUUUGGCUGUGUGAUGGGUUGAGUUCUGCGCCCGGCCUGUGCGGCGAUGCGACCGGCGGAACCCCCGAGGGGACCGUCCCUGCGGCAUUGGGAAUAAAGCUCCGGAGGAUGCGGUGCGGGGUUGUAGCACGAGUUUGACUCUUCCCCAUGUUCACUUGGUUGUUAUUUGUGUAUAAACCACCUCUUUUCCGACGCUAAAAAGACCCUUUUAUUGGUCUGAGCUGCUCGCGUCCCUUCCCGCAUAGGACAGAGUAAACCCAAAGCUUUGUCAGAGCGGUUUGAGAACCCACGUUUGUACUUGAUAUUUGACGGGUUUUUUGGGGAAUAUAUUUACUUUUUGUUUCUUUAGGUUGCUUUUUGUUUGGGGAAGGGUUCAUUUAACCUUCUACUCUCCUGUUCAGAGGACAAAUACUACUUAGAGUCUGUACAGGUCACUCUGGCCAUUCUGGGUGGUGAUGCACGUUAUUUCUAAGUAAAACGUAACUGCAGAAUAACUGGGAAGGAUGAGCUUGUUUUCCUAAUUUCCUGGUAUCUAAAAUUAGUUGAUAGUGAAGGAAAAUAUAUGUACAAAUCUCUUAAAUACUUACAAAAAGAACUCAUCGUUCUGAUCUGUAGUGUUCCUUCCCCCGUGACAUAUCCGUGGUUGUGAUUUUGGGGAGCAGAGUGGCUAGAACUGCUGAACCCUGUACAUUUAUAGCAGUUUUUAUAGCAAAACUUGUGAAGAAACGAUGUACAUAGAGUAAGUGAGGAGAGGAAUAGGUGGAGGGAGAUGGUUUAAAGGUACCCAAAGCAACGUAUUGAAGCAAACAGGCGCGGGCUGCGGUCGGGAGCUGUUCGGAAGCCACUGGCCCGACCUGGGGGGUUUGGUGGCCGCGUCUCGUCCCUGGCCGGACUCUGACCCUCUUGACUUGGUCACACGUUCCAGGCUUGUGGUGAAGAGGGUAACGGGCACCAGGCUGUAGCUUUGGGAAGAAAACGCCCGAUAUAAAACACAAAACAAAAUUUAUGCCGGUUCUGUUAUUUAGCUGCGCCGGUGGGGCUGCGGGUGCGAGAGAACACGAAGCGAUGGGGAGAAGGAAAUGUGGCGGCAGGAUGGACAUGCUGACACAAAACUCCCCCUUUUUGACCCUUUCACCUCCCGUGGUUGUGCUCCACGGGAGACAAACUGUUCUUCCCCUCUCUUUUCUAAAGUGAAAUCCCCAUUUGGUGAACUUGGUAGCAUGAAUGUAGCAUUGUGGAUCUAUUGAAAGUCCCAUUGAGCUCCGAAAGGGACCGUUUAUGUCUCCACUGCGGUGGUUUCUCUGUAGAACUAUUGUAUAUCUAUUCUCAUUGACCACGUGUAGAACUAGGGGUGCCAUGUAGAAAGGUAGAUUGUACAGUUGCGUAACUCCUGUAGGAAGAUGUAUGUUUGAAUGAACUUUACGGGCUGUUUAACUGGUGCGGUUGACUGUAGUAUAAUGACAAACAAUGAACGCAUUUCUCUCUUUUCCAAAGAUCUAUAUUCCUCAUAGUUUGUGAUGUUUAUGACAUGAGCGUAUUAUUUCCUUUGUAGCAUUCAUUUGACUAAAGAGAUGAAAUAUUCUCAAAGCUGUGACUGGGAAGACAAUGGUGUUUCGAUGUUUGUUGUGCAAAUAGUGUCGUUGAAGUGAACCAUUUCUGAGAGAGCAAGACAAAUUCCUUCCCCUUUUUGAUGGGUUGAAUUUUUCGAGUGGCUGCUGGGAAAGGAUCAGCAAAGGACAGGAUGAUAAUAAAUUGUAAUUAUUUAAACUUUAGAGUUAAAAAUAGAGCGUGUAAGACCCUCUCUUGGGCUGCCUGCUCUGUUGGAGGACCCGCGGCCCCAUCGCGCCAUCACGCUCAGCCGCAGCGUGGGGAACGGCGGCCGCGGCUCCUCUGUGCUCUGGGUUUGCUUUUAGCAAGGGCAGGAGAAACGAGGACACCCGGUGAACCCUGGAGAGCGGCAGGUUAAACCGGGAUGGUUAAACUGGGCGCCACCCAUGGCCGUUCACCCCAACCGCGGGUGGGUUCUGCGGCUCGUGCCGUGCGGCAGCGCUGGAUGGGACCCCAAGCCCUUCCCUGCCCCGAUGGGCGGCAGCGGCGUCUGCUGGUUGUGUUGUGGGCUGGGGUUGUACCCUGAGAGAGGAGAAGGGUGGGCAGCGAGUGCCCCGUCUGCUGCCCCGAGCAGCCCCGGCCGUGUCCUCUGCAGAGAACAUUCACUCGGCUGUGAGAGGUGUCGUCUUCUUGGAUGUAGCGCUUGUCUUGUACGGGGUUUUCCGGAGAGGCUUUUCUCUUUGCCUCUUGUUCAGUUGGGAAGAAAACUGGGGGAAAAAGAAAACUCAAGUUACCUGAGGGAUGUAGAAAUAGGUGGAAAAUUGCGAUAAAGCUUUUUGCAGCCUGUCCUCAAGCUGAAGCCACCAACUGCAGCCACCAACUUCCCUUUGCAGCCGGGAAACGGAGUUAGCAGAUAAUCCCUUCCUGCCUUAAAAACCAAAACAGCCCCCCCAAAAAACCACAACAACAAAAACCCAACAAACGCAAAAAUUGAGAAAUCCUUGAAAUCCUUGCAUCUCCAGCAAAACAUGUGUGUGCAGAAGGCAGCAGCCAGCGCUUUGCCCUGUGUGAGGACUUGCACCCCCAGAUUCUGCCUCCAGCGCCCACGGGGGCUCUGCCUCUGCCAGGGGACUCUGGAAAUGAAUUUGUUCUUCCUUUCUCAGCCUGGACAUGUUGCCCGGAGCUCAGCACAGGUUUCCUGCACCAGGGGCCUCUGGAGUUCACGUGUUCCCAUCGUCCCUUCACACGCAGAUGUUCCUGUGGUGGGGGGAGAUGCUCCCCCUUGGUUGCCUGCACUUCCUUUGCCACGUGCGGCGAAGCGUGAGGUGUCACCGUGUGGUCCGGGCGGUGCUGGCGUCCCCGGCUCCUGGCACGCAGCCACGGCACAAAUAGCUGCUGCCGUUUGGGACGUGACUGCGCCGGUGACCUGUGGCUGGGAGUUCCUGUUCCCAAGGCUGAGCUGGCACAGAGGCGGCAAACGCUGCUUUGUCACCUUUGGGCAACACAAGUGGGGUUAGUUGAAAGAAUGGAAAAUGCUGAUUUUUAAAUAGCCAGCCCAGCGGGAUCUGGAAAUGGGAGCGUGUCCUUAAUCCUGGCCCAGACGGGGAGGAACGACAGGCUUGCUCUGCUCUCUUGGUGUAAACAUUCAGCCCAUCAAAACCCAGUUUAAGAGUCACGCUUACAUGUUAUUCAUGAUAUAUCAUCCAGGAUAAAGUAUGUUACCCUUAUGAAUAAAAAAACCCUCCAGGGCCCUUGGCACGCGUCGCCGGGACAUCAGAGGAUGUGCUGGGUUGUGUCAUCCUUCCUGGAGCCAUUGGACCAGGACACAGAUUUGCAGGGACCCGUGAAGCUGAGUUGCUGUGGACUCCGAGUUUUGCAGUGACGUUCCCUGCAGCCGAGGAUGCAGACAGCCCUUCCUGCAGGACGCCACGCAGCGAUCCCCCAAGGGACAGCGAGCGGCAGCAUCAUUUUCCACGCCAUCUGUAAAAAGCUGUUUGUGAUGCUGUUUCUUGUCCCGCUGACCGCAGGGCAGCCGUGGCUUUCUGUGUCUCCGUGGGAGCGUUUGUGAAUUCUCCGUUGUGGAAACACAAGCCAAAGUCAACUGGAAACUGUUACAGUCUGGCUGACAAGUCAGCUCGUUAGUAAUAUUGUAUACUCCAGCUAAGCGAGGAAAUGGGUGGCUUAAUGACCAUGAACCUGGCUGCAAUCAUCGUUACUCCCAGGUAACCCUGCUGUGUAAUCAUCUCUGUUAAUAGUAAGAUACCAGAGGUCCCUGUCUCUGCCGAAAACGCCAGUGUACAACCUCUUGCCAAGGUUGUGUAUGACCUGUUGAAGAGUGACAGGAGCCAGUGGCGGCUUUGAUUCCAAAAUAAACUCAGCCGAACGUCCUGCCAAUCAGUGUGAAAACCUUCAAGACCACAAGGAAUCAACAUUAUGGACGUUAAAUGCAAGGAAUCCAUCUGAAGAGACGCUAAUUUGCUCUUUUUCCUAUGUUUAGUAAAUUUUGAAGAAUUAAUACCACCUAAUGAUUUUUCACAUUAUUGUCUUGUUUUCAGAGCAUCCUUAAGACUGUCAUACGUAAGGACAGGUAAGACCCAUCCGGGCUUGUCUGAUGUUGGGGAGGCAGGCCCAGUUAGUUCAUGGGGCACUGCAGUCUGUCUUCCUUUUCUCAGUGUCCGGACAAACUGGUGAUUAAUCACAGCAGUAAUGGCCCUGGGAACCUUCAGCUAGAGGAGCCUCUUCAGCUGAGCAAAGCCGGGGUGUUUGCAGGGCCCCUCAGGCAGCCGCUCGGGGGCGACCCUCCCGGGAUCCACCAGCACCCACAGCGAUAACCCUGCUCUGGGCUUCCUGUGGGUUUCAGUGGUGUUUUCCUCCUGUGGUUGUGCUGUGGAAGUGUUGAGUUGUAAUUGGGGAAUCCGGAAUAUUGUGUCCAGUUGUGGCCCCUCAGUUCCAGCAGGACAGGGAACUGCUGGAGAGAGUCCAGCGCAGCCACCAAGAUGCUGAAGGGAGUGGAGCAUCUCCCGUGUGAGGAAAGGCUGAAGGAGCUGGGGCUCUGGAGCUGGACAAGAGGAGACUGAGGGGGGACUCAUUCCUGGGGAUCAAUAUGGAAAGGGGGAGUGUCAGGAGGAUGGAGCCAGGCUCUUCUGGUGACAACCAGUGACAGGACAAGGGGCAAUGGGUACAAACUGGAACACAGGAGGUUUCGCUUAAAUAUGAGAAGCAACUUCUUCCUGGUGAGGGUGGCAGAGCCUGGCCCAGGCUGCCCAGGGGGUUGUGGAGUCUCCUUCUGUGCAGACAUUCCAACCCGCCUGGACACCUUCCUGUGUAACCUCAUCUGGGUGUUCCUGCUCCAUGGGGGGAUUGCACUGCAUGAGCUUUCCAGGGCCCUUCAACCCCUGACAUUCUGGGAUUCUGUGAAUGAGACCGAAGUGCUGUGGUGCUGAGGAGGCUGUGGCCACCAGCCAGGAGCUGGUCAUGGCCACGGUCACCCCGGCCUUUGGCUCAGGACCAGCACAGAUACAUGUUGGUGGUUUUUCAAAAAGCUUCAGUAGGAAGUGUGGGGUUGUUAGAUUGUUUUUGUGGGCUUGUUAGAUUACUUUUUUUUUUUAGUGCUAAAACUCAUUUGUAGCAAUUCAGUCGCCACUACAGGGUCCUGUUAGCUGGAGCAGAGCUGGGAAUUCAAGGACGGGUAUCUUUGCCCUUACAUUUGAUAUACCCUAAAAUCACCACAGAUAAGCAUAGCCAAGCAAGGCCCUUUGAGUACGGAUCCUGCUCCCUGCAUUUGCUGUGCCCCCUGUGCUAAUGAGAUGCUAUUUUGCUGGGUGUUAAACGCGAGCGACUGAAGAAACUGAGUCGGUUUGUUGUUCCCCAUCCUGGGAGCCCAGGCUGGAGUCGUACCCGAAUGAGCAGGAUGGGGCUGUAGUUUUUCCGCUGUGUGUUUCCUGUUGUUCUUUAACACUGUUCCUGGAACUGGGUGACUUCAUUUGUGAUAUCAAGCAACGGGCGCAGCACAAACCAAGGUCUCGCAGGGCUGGGAGUCCGUCUGCUUUUAGGAUCUUGACUGUGUCCCCUCAGAGUUCAGGCACCAGUUGUCAUUUCCAGCUCCUCUGCGGGCCGUCCCUUUGCUGCUGCAGAGCCGCCAGCCAGGGGACAGCAGCGAUUUUCUGUGUGUGUAACAAGUGGAAAAGGCAGCAGCGCAAGCUUUGAAAAAGGAUCUGGUAAUGUGGGGAAGGAUAGGUUAUAUCUGGUAAUGCUCCCGAACUCUCAGAUAUCUGAGUAAGUGACUUUUAUCCAGGUGAAAAAAAGAAGCUUAGUUGUCGAAAUAAUAGGGAGAAAAACCCCCAGACCACCCAAGUGUGAGUAGUUCUUGACCAUCUGGCAAGCCGUGUGGAGAUAAAGGUCUCGCUGGUCUGAUGCUGCCUCAGAUGGAGCUGGCACAUCCUGCUCCUUCCAGAGCCAGGCUCAGGUGCAGGGUGACGUUGCUGCGUCCAUCCCCAGAACAUACGCGUGAGGAGCUGGAAACGGCCCCAAGAGUGGCCCUGGGUUAGAGCUCAACCUGAGACACGCUGCUCGGGGCCAACACUCUCUAACAGCGAGUUUUGAAAACAAAGAUUGUAAGAUCCAAGGGCUCGGUGGCCCUGGACCAGCAGGUUGGCCCCUUGGGAGCAGUCCCUGGUUUCUGAGGUGUUUUCUGGCUGGGGCAAACCAGCUAUGGCACUGGAGACAUCUGCCAUCUCGUUUCUCUGAGACUAUCUGCUGCUUUGUGUAUAAUAACCAGGUUUCAAAUAACAUGAAUGUUUCUAGGUUUUAAGAUGUGAUUUAAUAAAAAGAGCUGUUUCUGGGAAA